AUGGACACUACCCCGGACCAACCUGCUGAGGAGACAUGGGCGGACAUCCCAGAAGAAAUCGUGUCAUUGGGUACAGACGAAAUAUUGACGCGGGCGAGAUUAAUAGACAACGACCUGAAGGUGAUGCGUUCAGAGACGUUGCGGCUACAACACGAACAGAAUGUCAUGAAGGAGAAGAUCAGGGACAAUGGUGAGAAGAUCAAGCAGAAUAAAGUACUACCAUAUCUUGUCGCGAACGUCGUGGAAAUCCUGGACGUUGACCCAGAAGGCGAGGAGGACGGUGCGAAUCGUGAUCUAGAUUCCAUGCGCAAAGGCAAAUGCGCAGUUAUCAAGACCUCAACGCGACAGACAGUCUUCCUGCCACUCAUCGGUCUCGUCCCGCCGGAGAAUCUCAAGCCACAGGACCUGGUUGGUGUCAACAAGGACUCAUAUCUCAUCCUCGAUACACUGCCUGCCGAGUUCGACUCCCGUGUCAAAGCGAUGGAGGUGGAUGAGCGACCAACAGAGACAUACACCGACAUUGGUGGGCUGGAGAAGCAGAUUGAGGAACUGGUCGAGGCAAUUGUCCUUCCGAUGGAGCAGGCGGACAAGUUCAAGACACUGGGCAUCACGCCUCCAAAGGGUUGCCUCAUGUACGGGGCACCAGGUACGGGCAAGACGCUCAUGGCUCGCGCCUGCGCUGCCCAGACGAAAGCGUGCUAUCUUAAGCUUGCUGGGCCAUCACUGGUGCAAAUGUUCAUCGGCGACGGUGCCAAGCUUGUGCGAGAUGCUUUCGAGUUAGCGAAGGAGAAGGCGCCAGCAAUCAUCUUCAUCGACGAGCUUGACGCUAUUGGUACCAAGCGUUUCGACUCGGAGAAGAGCGGAGACCGUGAGGUGCAGAGAACGAUGUUGGAGCUAUUGAACCAGCUCGACGGUUUCAGCAGCGAUGAGCGGAUCAAGGUCAUUGCUGCGACAAAUCGUAUCGAUAUCCUUGACCCUGCUCUGCUCCGGUCAGGACGUCUGGACAGGAAGAUUGAAUUCCCGCUUCCGAAUGAGACCGCUCGGGCACGCAUUCUCGAAAUCCAUUCAAGAAAGAUGGCCUGCUCACCGGACGUCAAUUACGAAGAGCUUGCACGGAGUACGGAUGAGUUUAACGGUGCACAGUUGAAGGCGGUGUGUGUGGAGGCCGGCAUGAUUGCUCUGCGGGAAGGAGCGACCAAGUUGACCCAUGAGCACUUCUUGAGCGGCAUAGCUGAAGUCCAGAGCAAGAAGAAGAACGAUCUUGUCUACUUUAUAUAG